AUGUUUCCCACGCGUGCCCUUCUGGGCCGGUCCAAUAAAUAUAGUCUCCCCCUCCCCCGCAAACUCCCCGCCCCCCCAGGAACGCCCCCGAUCAAGACGCAGAAGCGCGGCGCCACGAUCUUGCCGAAUUUCGUGGGCUUGCGGUUCUCCAUCCAUAAUGGGAAGAUUUACCAGGAUGUGUUGAUUACCGAGGAGAUGGUCGGGAGGAAGUUGGGGGAGUUUGUGGCGACUCGGAAGAGGUUUACGUAUAAGCAGUCGAAGAACAAAUAG